UCGAUUCUACCCGCUCACAUGCCCCGCCUUCCGCCUUCCAUCUGCCGCAGCUUGUUUCAACCUCGCAAUUGGUUCAGAACCGGUCAUUAACAACAUGCAAUUGGGGUUGUCAGAGAGUCUUCCGGCCGUCGUAUCCAAGCGCUUCACGGCUGCUAAAGGAUCAGGUCACCUUCUAUUUUCUCAAACACACCUGACCACUAUUCAGACUGCAGGGAUACCGUAUCAACUUCGGUAUUGUCCUGCUCUUGCAAAUAAGCCAUCAGGGGCUCCAAACACUGACAAGUCCACUACGAAGCCUAAAUUCGACCCUUUCCAAGACCCCUCCCCAGAGCUCUUGAUCGCUCAGAUACCCCGCGAGAACCCCACCCAUAUACUAGUCCUCAACAAAUUUCCCGUAAUUCCCAAUCAUUUCAUCCUAGCUACAAAAGAAUGGAGACUUCAAACAGACAUUCUUGAGAAAGAGGACUUGGAUGCGGCUUAUUCCUGCGUCAAAGCAUGGGGCGAGGAGAGCAAGGCAAAUGGCGCGGUCUCUAAACGGCUGUUCGCCUUUUUCAACUCCGGAAAUGAGAGCGGAGCGAGUCAGCCUCAUAGGCAUUUACAGUUCUUGCCUGUCGAAGCCAUGUCUCAAAGUGACUCGGGGAGCUGGCAGCCCUUGAUCGAUGCAGUCUCAACGCAACCAACAUCCCCCGACUCUAAAUACUUGCGAUGGGCUCAGGUACCGUUUGCGCAUUUUGCCCUUCCGUUGCCUCCGGACCCCUCUCCCGACACGCUGCAUCACAUUUACUUGUCCCUGUACAGAGCAGCGUUGGCAGCUGCACAGGGAAGCACGGGAGGUUCUUCCCCGACGACCAAUGGUCCAGCUGCUAUCAGUUACAAUCUAGCAAUGACUGAUUCAGUGAUGAUGAUCUGUCCGAGGAGAAGUGAAAGUGCUCAAAUCCCAGUCGACAGUACAACGUCAGCGGAAGUCUCCGGGGCUGGUAUCGUUGCCUUAAAUGGUACAAUUCUUGCUGGUACGCUCAUGGUAAAAGCUGAGGCUGAAUGGGACGAACUACGUCGUAACCCGGAUUCCCUUAAAGAGGUACUGACGACAAUUGGGUAUCCUCAUCCAGAUCUGCGCAAGAUCUCCUUACUAUGAAUUUUGUCUCACAAUCGUCCUCAUGACGCUCCUUCUUAACUAGGGGUGCUUUGGGACGGGGAACGUUAAUGCGAAGCCUUACAAUGAGAAGAAACAGUAAAGACCUGAAGUCAAUGUCCCACAGCGAGUUAAGCAGUUGAAAUAUACUAUUAGAAGAGAAAGGACGAAGACAAACAAAAAAAAAAAAAAAAAAAAAAAAGGAA